AUGCCUGUACCGGCCCGUUUUGUUUCCUUGCCUGCGGUGGGUGCUGUGUACUUCCCUCAGGGCCACAGCGAGCAGGUAGCAGCAUCAACAAACAAGGAAAUGGAGUCUCAGAUCCCCAAUUAUCCUAAUUUGCCGCCACAGCUUAUAUGCCAACUGCAUAAUGUGACGAUGCAUGCUGAUGCAGAGACAGAUGAGGUAUAUGCACAGAUGACACUGCAACCACUCAACCCGCAAGAACUGAAGGACCUAUAUUUACCUGCAGAAUUAGGUUCGGCCAACAAACAGCCAACAAACUAUUUCUGCAAAAUAUUAACAGCAAGUGACACAAGUAACAUUAGUUGUGGGUUCUCUGUUCCCUGUCGAGCAGCUAGGGUAACAUUAGUUGUGGGUUCUCUGUUCCCUGUCGAGCAGCUAGGAAAGUGGUUCCUCCACUGGUCAGCCAAAGCGGCAUCUUCUAACGACAGGCUAGAGUGUCUUUGUUUGGGUUUGACAAUUUGGUCUGAAAUCAACUAUGCAGUUCUUCACCAAGCCAAAGAAUUACAAGGUUUUGCAUCCACUGCAUUUGCUAGUGAGCACAGCGCAGGGAGCAGCAGCAGCAGAAGCAAUGAGCAGCAGGGAGCACAGUGCAGUGACCAGAGCAGCAGGUGUGCAUCAAAGUCAGCUGUAUUUUGUUAA